GUGGAUGUCUCUUUCCCGCCUCCCAACAAAACAUGAGCCUGCUCCUUCCCUGCUAGGGCUACGGCUAACAUGGAACAUUUCGGCAGCUUCGAGAAGGAGGACUUUGCCAGAGCCGAGGCCCGUCAAAAGGCUCUCGCUUUUCUCGACAACCCAGAGCUUCUUAGGAUGUAUGCCCUAGCCAACGAAGACAGCAUCCCAGGUGCCCGCCUCCAUUUUACCAAGCUGCUCUGCGGAUUCGAGGACGAGGAGCAGAAGCACACCGGCCCACAGCCUGGCCUUUCCAGCGCCAGCAAUACCCGCCAACACCAAGCCGACAGAAGGAGAGGCGGUGACAGCCACCGAUCCAGCACCAACUAGCUAGGCCCCUCUCUUCCAAAAAAAGAAAGAAAGAAAGAAAGAAAAAAAAAGAAAAAAGAAAAAAGAAAAAGAUGGCAGCGACGGAUGCCAACGGCGGUCCAGUAGGCUGGCCGUUCAGCGUCCAAGCCC